AUGGGCGACUCAAUUACUGAGGGAACAAUUGUUGAAUGGACCGCUCAGGUUGGCCAAAUGGUGAAAGAAGGCGAUGUCGUGGCGCUAAUAGAAACAGACAAGGUUACUGUUGAUAUCAAGGCCGAAAUUGACGGUGUAUUGACGCAGUGUUUUGGGGAACUCGAGGAGACGGUAGAAGUUGGAGCUAAUUUGUACGAGUUGGAUACAGAAGCAGAGGCUACCGCUGUUGCUUCAGAGGGUUCUGCUGAACCAGCUGCAGCUGAACCAGCACCUGCACCACCCGCUAAGGCCGCUCCAGCUAGUGAUGCACCAGUGGCAGCAAAGAAGGCUCCCAGUAGUACUAGAGUGCCAUCCAUUCAAUUUCUUGGAAAGGACGGCUGGGCACAAAAACUGAGUGGUGCGGAUGCCGCAGUCGUGUAUUUACCCAAAAACUAUGGACGACCAGUAUUCUCCGAGGCUGAAAUGGAAGCGCUAGCAACGGGUGGUGCAAAUAUUGCCCCACAAGUCAAGGACUACUCGCAUGGUGCACUUUUUGGGUAA